AUUAUAAAGCAAAAGACAAAAGGGAAAAUCAGUAAACAUGCAUUCCCAAAAUACGGAGAACAAGAUAAAAGGAAUCUCCUCUGCUCUUCCAAUUCUGAAACAGGAGUACAGGACAGACUCCAGACUCCAGACUCCAACAUGGAAUCUAUCGUGCCUCCUCCGCUGCAAUCUGGGCUUGAUUUUCACUUUCCAUCGUCGGGAGGGAGAGAUGCUACAGAAAAGGCUACGCCUGCAUCCUUUCCAUCAUCUCCAGUGGCGUCAGACACUGGCGAUGAGGUACCCUUGCUCAGGCGACUGCCAUCUGCUAGCCGACGGCGGAGGGCGGUUAGCGAAUCCCAAAUUGCCUACCUCUCCUUGCCACCCACUCGACGCCGUUCCUUCAGCCGGGACGUUGGCCACGCCGCCGCCGAGACCUAUCUCCUUACCCGACUCACCCUCAUCCUCCUCCGUUAUCUUGGUGUAGGGUAUCGCUGGAUCACAAAGUUUUUGGCCCUUGUUUUUUAUGCUGUUCUUCUUAUGCCUGGAUUUCUACAGGUUGGUUACUACUAUUUCUUCUCUAGUCAGGUCCGUCGAAGCAUAGUUUAUGGUGACCAGCCAAGAAACCGGUUGGAUCUGUAUUUACCUACAGACAGCAAUGGCUCAAAGCCAGUCGUGGCAUUUGUGACUGGAGGAGCCUGGAUUAUUGGUUAUAAAGCUUGGGGUUCUCUACUGGGGAGGCGGCUGGCAGAAAGAGGAAUAAUUGUUGCAUGCAUAGAUUACCGAAAUUUUCCUCAAGGUACCAUUAGUGAUAUGGUAAAAGAUGCUUCUGAAGGAAUAUCAUUUGUUUGCAAUAAUAUUGCUAGCUAUGGAGGCAAUCCGGACCGGAUCUACUUAAUGGGACAAUCUGCGGGUGCACAUAUUGCUUCUUGUGCUCUUGUGCAUCAGGCAAUUAAGGAAUCCGGAGAAGGAGAUGGCACUAGUUGGAGUGUCUCUCAGUUGAAUGCAUAUUUUGGUCUAUCUGGAGGGUACAAUAUGCUCAACUUGGUUGAUCACUUCCAUAGGCGUGGUCUAUACCGUUCAAUUUUCCUCAGCAUAAUGGAAGGGGAGCAAUCCUUGAGACACUUUUCUCCUGAAAUUGUUGUGAGAAACUUGAGCGCAAGAUUUGGUGUUCCUCCGCUUCCUCCCAUGAUACUUUAUCAUGGAACAGGGGAUUAUUCCAUACCAUCAGAUGCUAGCGCCAGUUUUGCUGAAGCACUUACGAGUAUAGGUGUUCAGGCGAAAGUUGUUCUUUAUGAUGGAAAAACGCACACGGAUUUAUUCCUUCAG